AUUUUAUUAAUUUCUUCAUUUUCUGUGUUUAGUUUGGCUUUUAAAAACAAAAUAAUUAUCUGUAUAAACUUUUAGAAUUAAAUAUAUUUAAAAAUGGAGCAUAAAAUAAUAUUGAAAUGCCGUACUUGCUUAGAGGACAACGAGGAGGAUACCAUGUUUGAAUUAUUUAUGGAAAACGACAUAAAUGUUAACGGGCGUCCAAAAAAAUUGAAACUUAGUAAAAAAAUCGAGUAUUGCUGUGGUGUGCGAAUUAGAGAGUCAACCGAUAUGCCAUCCAAGGUUUGCUGGAAAUGUUUUGAAAUGACCAGAAUAUGGUAUAAUUUUCGACAAAUGUGCAUGAAUUCACAACUUUACUUGGAAAGUUUAUGUGAAGAUCGAAUGCGUCCAGAAGGCUCUGAUGAUGCGGAAUUUUUAGAAUAUUUAAUGGAUGAAUUGCAAGUACACCGUGAUAGAGUACAUGGUUCUACCGCCAGUUUAGAAUCUGAUACAGAUGAAGAUGAUGAGGAUGAUCUCGGUUUAUUAGUAGAUGAAGAGGACGAUGGAGACUUUAUAGAAUCAGAAAAUAAUUUAGAUCGCAACAUUAAAUUAGAAACAGAACAAUUAGAAGUGAAAAAUUUUAUUCAAACAGAGUGUAAAGUAAACAACAGCACGAAUGUUGAAGUAACUGAUGAAAAUGACAGAAAAAGCACAAAAUCACUGAAAAUACAAAACAAUAUGAAGUUUUCUAAAAAACGAGAAGCGUGCAGAAGACGUCUUUGUCGACCACCAAGUCCAACAUCAUACAUGUGUUACAUUUGUGGCAACGUUUACAACAAAAAAGCAACAUUUGCGUAUCACAUGUCGCUACACAACAAUGUUAAACCUCAUGAAUGCGAGCUCUGUGGAAAAUCGUUUCGCCAAAUAUGUGAGUUGAAGAAUCACAUGCGCCGACAUACCGGUGAAAAACCUUACAAAUGCUCAUAUUGUGAUCGUCACUUCAUUGAUCGUAGCGAGAAACAUCGGCAUGAACGUGUACAUACAAAUACGCGUCCAUAUAUAUGUAAUGUUUGCGGUAAAAGUUUUACGUACUCAGCCAUACUGAAGAACCACUCCAAACUGCACACUGGUAAAAAAGAUUUCAAUUGCAUGGUCUGUCAGAAAGCAUUCACACUUCAGCAUCAGCUAAAGGCACAUUUACAAACUAUGACCCAUAAACUCAAAGAAGCGCAUUACGUAUCUGAGGGCUAUGAAGUUGUUUAUGAAUAAAUAUUUAGGAGUUAAUAUAGUUUAGGGAAAUGUAUGCAUCGAAAGUGUGGUGAAUAAAAUGACACGUUUUAUAUAAAUAAUGUAAUUCGAAAGAUAAAAGAAAACGUUUUUGAGAACUGUAAAAUGUACAUUCGCUGGCGAUCGCGACGAAAGCAAUAAUUCUUUCCAAUUCGACUAUUUUACAUUUACAUUUAAUAAAUGUAAACAAUUUAUUGUACAUUAUUAGAUAGAUUUGUUUCUUGGAAUUAUGUUUUUGCCUAUUCCUAAAUCCGAUUGCAUUUAUUUUGCGUUUUGACAGUUAUUUCCUUUUAUAAAAAAUAGUAGAUUGCUCAAAUUUUUUUUUUACAACCAUCGAUAAAAGAAAGUGUUAGGCAAAGCAAGUUUUUACAAAGGUUUGCACAUUCACAUACAGGGAUAAAAUAGAAUCAGUGUGCUAGUUGAUGGAAAUACCAUAAAAUUAAUAGUGUUAAUAAAACUAAGCUGAAAUUAGCUAUAACUAAUUACUUUAUUUAGUUAUAAUUCUCCAGCCCCAAAGCUGUUACAAUGUUUUUAUGUUGGUUAGUGAGCUGGUGAGAUUUCAACUGGUGGGGUAAUUUGAAUGAUUUUUCACAGGGCUCGCAUCUAUAAAUAAAAAGUAUGAAUAGAAAAUUUAUUUGUUAAUGUUAUUAAAAUCGAAAAUUGUAGCUGAACUCACUUGAAGGGCUUUUCAUUUGUGUGCACUUUCUCGUGCGUGCGAAGCGUGGUGGAUAAGGCGAAUGAUUUGCCACAGAUGUUGCAUUGGAAAGGUUUUUCAUUUGUGUGUACCCUAAAAAAUUCAUGGAAGGAAGUAUUUAAAUAUAUUCAAUAUUCACUAUAAAAUCUUCAAAUCGAAUAAUACAAACCGUUCGUGUUUGACAUGCGUACUUCGGUCCGUAAAUCUGCGCAAGCAAUAUUUACAUUCGUACGGCUUUUCCCCGGUGUGUAUGCGCAUAUGCGCCGUUAGAUUGCACGCCGCUGUAAAGCGCUUAAAGCACAGCCUAUAAAUUAUAAAUGAUAAUGGUUAAAUAAUUAGAAAUUACUUUUAAAUUUACUCAACUUACUCGCACUCGAAAUUUCUUUCCUUACGGUGUAUUCUCAUGUGAUAAUUUCUAAGGCUUCGGCUGGUGAAAUGGUUACCACAAACGUCACAUGAAUAAAUAUACGAAUCAUUCCCUUUUCUACGCAUAUGUGGAGAAGCUCGAUCUCUGAUUUUGAUAGUCGUUGAACUGGGUCGUUUUGUUAAUUGAUCUUCAUUUAAUUCCAUUUCGUGUUGUGGCACCGAUUCAUUAUCGAUUUCAUCUAUUAGAUAUUCUUCUACAUGUACCACAGAUUUUUGUGUUUCCGAGUCUUCGUAUUCAGGUUCCUCGUCUUCUACACUACCAUCAGCUUCUGCUUCUGCGUAA